CGCGGGCCCCCUCCCCCCACUCGCCGCUCUUCGGAGCUCGCCGGGUCCCGGAGGGCAGAGCCGCGGCGCCCGAUCGCCGCUCCCGGCCGGGCGGGAGACGUCUCCGAGGCGCGGGGCUCGAGCCCUGCUUUGUGCGCGGCGCCCCCAACCUCCGGCGCAGCGCGGGGCUGGGGCGGGAGGCCUUCGCGCCCGCCUUCCCCACCCCCGACCCCGUGCUGCGGCGGCGUCAGAAGAGGCCCAGGCGCAGUCGAGGUGCUGGGCGGGUGCGGGGGCUGCGGCCGUAGCUACCCUUGGGGACAAGGCAGGGGCGAGUGUGGAGAGGGUCCCCGGCCUUUUGCCGUGUUGAGGGCCCCCAGCUCCUUGCACUUCACUGCCCAGGAAGGGGGAGGGAACCUGGCUGAGUGAGGGCGCUAUAAAUAUCUGCAAAUAGUGAGUUCUGGAACCGGGGGUGGGGAGGGGAGUGCGCCUGGGUGUGUGUGUGUGGUGAGGUGCCCGAGCAGGGGUGCAGCAGGAAGGGUUGCCGCAUUCGGCCAGACCUAGUGGUCUGAGGUCGGAUGACUCCCAGCCCCGGAAGAUGCCACUGAAGGCCCCUGAUGGGGUGUAGGCAGACACACUACCCCAGUGGGAUUCCUCCCCGGUCUCCCGCUUCAUUCCUGGGACACGCCAGUUUAGAUUCGCCUUGAUGGGGGAGUUUUGGGCACUAGCGUGUCACUUGGGCUGGGGGCGCAGUUAUGAAAGAUCAGAUAUGGAGCCAGGCGGAAGGAUGGAGGGGAAAGCCCUCACCCCAGGAGCUGCAGCUCUGAGGGGUGUUUCAGGCUGUGGAGUGCUAAGGGGAUCUGCUCAGGCUCCUAGGAAAGUUUGAAAGAGGGGUCCCAGCCCAAGAGGAAGAGAGAACUUACUGGAAGAGAUGAUGACAGGAAGCUGGCAGAGUUCUCUGGGUAGAGAAAGGUGGGAAGGGCGUUCUGGGGCGAGGGAAUGGCCUGAGCAAAGGCCUAGAGGGGUGAGUGCCUGGUGUGUGUUGAGAGGUGGCAGUGGAGACAUUCAGGCACUGUGAGUGCCCCCUGGGAGAAGUGAGAUGAAGACAGGGGAGAGGCUGGGCAGGGAGGCCAGGUGGAGUUGAGGUGGGAGGGCAGAGCAGGGAGCUAGUGUUUGGUCCUGAGGACAGCAGGGAGCCAAGACCUGGCUGGGGGGAUGCUGCUGGCUCAGCCACCCCUUCUGAGGGUCUGCCUGGUGCCUUUGGUGUGGCCAGGGCUGCUUGGGGCACACUGAUGAUUCCUUUUUCUUUUCUAUUUUUUUUGAGGUGGAGUCUCACUCUGUUGCCCAGGCUGGAGUUCAGUGGCGCCAUUGCAGCUCACUGCAACCUCCACCUCCUGGGUUUCCCACACAGGAGCGAUUCUCCCUCAGCCUCUGUAAUCCUAGCCUCAGCUAGGACUACAAGUGCCGGACACCACAGCCGGCUAAUUUUUGUAUUUUUAGUAGUGACAGGGUUUCACCAGGUUGGUCAAGCUGGUCUUGAACUCCUAUCCUCAAGUGAUCCAUCCACCUCGGCCUCCCAAAGUGCUGGGAUUACAGGUGUGAGCCACUUUGCCCAGCCCUGAUGAUCUCUUUUUCUCUAAUAACUGGACCACUUCAGGAAGUCAGCUUUCUGAGCCUUUGGUUCCCACAUCUGUCAAAUAGGGAGGUUUUGUUUUUGUUUUUGUUUUGACACAGGGUCUUACUCUGUCAUCCAAGCUGGAGGUGGUGUGAUCAUAGCCCACUGCAGCCUUGACCUUCUGAGCUCCUUCUGCCUCAACCUCCUGGGUAGCUAGGACUAUAGGUGUGAGCCACCACACCCAGCUAAUUUAAAAAAAAAUUUUUUUAAAUAGAGAUGGGGGUCUUGCUAUGUUGGCCAGGCUGGUCUUGAACUUCUGGGCUCAAGUGAUCCUCCUGCCUCUGCCUCCCAAAGUACUGGGAUUCCAGAGAAUUUGAUUGUGGGAUGAGUUGCAGAGAGGAUUGAAUGAGAGGAUGCACACGGGGUGCCUGGCACCUAAGCAGCACUCGGGAGAUUGCUGGCUGCAGCGUUGAUAUUAUUACCUGGAAAACGAGGACACCGAUGCCAGCUGGCGGCCCAGGCCAGCUUCACUGGGCAGCGGCCAUGAGAAUCAUGAGAGGGCUGGGCUGGACAUGAACAGCAGAGAGCCGAAGGAUGAAAAUGAGACGCUACAAGCUCUUUCUCAUGUUCUGUAUGGCUGGCCUGUGCCUCAUCUCCUUCCUGCACUUCUUCAAGACCCUGUCCUAUGUCACCUUCCCCCGAGAACUGGCCUCCCUCAGCCCUAACCUGGUGUCCAGCUUCUUCUGGAACAAUGCGCCGGUCACGCCCCAGGCCAGCCCCGAGCCAGGAGGCCCGGAUCUGCUGCGCACCCCGCUCUACUCCCACUCGCCUCUGCUGCAGCCGCUGCCUCCCAGCAAGGCAGCCGAGGAGCUCCACCGGGUGGCCUUCGUGCUACCCGAGGACACCACGGAGUAUUUCGUGCGCACCAAGGCCGGCGGCGUCUGCUUCAAACCCGGUACCAAGAUGCUGGAGAGGCCGCCCCCAGGACGGCCAGAGGAGAAGCCAGAGCGGGCCAAUGGCUCCUCUGCCCGGCGUCCACCCCGGUACCUGCUGAGCGCCCGGGAGCGCACUGGGGGCCGGGGCGCGCGGCGCAAGUGGGUGGAGUGCGUGUGCCUGCCCGGCUGGCACGGACCCAGCUGCGGCGUGCCCACCGUGGUGCAGUACUCCAACCUGCCCACCAAGGAGCGGCUGGUGCCCAGGGAGGUGCCGCGCCGCGUCAUCAACGCCAUCAAUGUCAACCACGAGUUUGACCUGCUGGACGUGCGUUUCCACGAGCUGGGCGACGUGGUGGACGCCUUCGUGGUGUGCGAGUCCAACUUCACCGCCUACGGGGAGCCGCGGCCGCUGAAGUUCCGGGAGAUGCUGACCAACGGCACCUUCGAGUACAUCCGCCACAAGGUGCUGUACGUCUUCCUGGACCACUUCCCACCCGGAGGCCGGCAGGAUGGCUGGAUCGCCGAUGACUACCUGCGCACCUUCCUCACCCAGGACGGCGUCUCGCGGCUGCGCAACCUACGGCCCGACGACGUCUUCAUCAUCGACGACGCCGACGAGAUCCCGGCCCGCGACGGCGUCCUCUUCCUCAAGCUCUACGACGGCUGGACCGAGCCCUUCGCCUUCCACAUGCGCAAGUCGCUCUACGGCUUCUUCUGGAAGCAGCCGGGCACCCUGGAGGUGGUGUCGGGCUGCACAGUGGACAUGCUGCAGGCCGUGUACGGCCUGGACGGCAUCCGCCUGCGCCGCCGCCAGUACUACACCAUGCCCAACUUCAGGCAGUACGAGAACCGCACCGGCCACAUCCUGGUGCAGUGGUCACUGGGCAGCCCCCUGCACUUCGCCGGCUGGCACUGCUCUUGGUGCUUCACGCCUGAGGGCAUCUACUUCAAGCUUGUGUCCGCCCAGAACGGCGACUUCCCGCGCUGGGGUGACUACGAGGACAAGCGGGACCUGAACUACAUCCGUGGCCUGAUCCGCACGGGGGGCUGGUUCGACGGCACACAGCAGGAGUACCCGCCCGCAGACCCCAGUGAGCACAUGUACGCGCCCAAGUACCUGCUCAAGAAUUACAACCAGUUCCGCUACCUGCUGGACAACCCCUACCAGGAGCCCAGGAGCACGGCGGCAGGUGGGCGGCGCCACAGGGGUCCCGAGGGAAGGCUGCCCGCCCGGGGCAAACUGGACGAGACAGAAGGCUAGGGCUGCAUGAUCUGAUAGGGCGCGUGGCAGGGCAAGGGUGGCGGCCCCCUAGCGCUAUCUCCCUGCCUCCUGCCGGCUCCGUGGUUCUUGAGGGGACCAGGUAUAGGUAAGGAGUACAGAUGGGGGUAGGGUUUCCCUACUGAAGCCCUUGUGAAUCAAGGGUCAGGCCUUUGAGCUCAGAAAACAUCUCUCCUGCUGGGAGAGGGUGCAGACCAUGACAUCUGGGUAGCCCUUCUGACUGCCAAGACUGCUGUGGCCAGGAGGUGCCACUGGAGUGUGCUGGUGGUCCCUGGGUAGCAGGGGAGGGCAAGCAGAGUGGGGGAAGAGAGUCUGCAGGAUCUCAUGGGGCAGCCUUUGGGGCGUGGCCAGGCCGGGAAAAAGCCCACCAUUUGGCAUCCCAGGGUCUUGGGCUCGAAGUGGGAGACUGGCCUGCCAGGAGGACCCAGGGCUCUGUAAGUAGAUACAUUUGGGUCCAGGAGGAAGCAUGGGCACCUGGGAGGGAGGGGAUGAAAAACCACAUCCCACCAAGAGGAGGUGCUGAGGGAUGCUUUGCAGGGUUGUCAGAAGUGCUGGGCCAGAAGACAACUCCAUCCCCUGCCCCAAAGAACAAGACGUGGCUGCCCUCGGGGGCUGGUGCCUGAGUCUGUCUCUGUCCCCUCGGGCUGUCGUGAGCCAACACAGGAGCCUGAAGAACCCUGAGGAACUUUCCUUUUAGUUCCAAACUGGCCUUGACACUCCUUCUCCCGUUUUUACAUUGCUGUCUUGUGGACUGUGCACCCAGUCCUUGCAAGGCCAGCAGUCCAGUUGCAGGUGGGGCCUUGCAGGGAAAGUGGGGAGAAGACUGACAUGAGGCCUCCGCACGGAUCUGUCUCUCCCUCUCCAUCACGCCUUCCUUCUGAUACCCAGUCCCAGCUGUUCACUGUCCCAGGUGCAAUCACUGUUGUGCCCCUCCUUAGGGCUGGGAGCCAGGAAGGGGCCAUGAGGCUGUCCUGGGCCCAAGAAGGGACAAUAAGGCCAGUUAUACACUUCCUGUUCCUCCUAGCUGGCCUUGGUGGAGGUGUCUUUGUUGGUGUAGACUCCAAGCUGCUGUGAUUAAGAGACCCUGAAAUAGAUGGUUUAAGCAAGACUGACGCUGGUUUCUGAUUAGUCUAGAGUGAGAUGGCUCAGAGCUGGUAGGGCAGCUGUGCGUUUCUUCAUACGCACCUUCCAAUUCUGGGUACAGAGUGGCUGCUCCAGCGCCCACUCCUGUGUGUAUCCAAGCCUGGGGGAAGCAGAAAUAGGCAAGAGGGGCAUACCCGCUUCCUGCUAAAGGCCUGAGCCAGAAUUGGCAGGCUCACCUCUGCCGGCUUCUCAUUGGCUGGGACUCAGUCACAUGGCCACAAGCAGCUGCAAGGGAAUCUGGGAAGUGUAGUCUUCAGCGGGGCCACCAUGUGCCUGGCCUCAUCUUGGUAGUUCUCUUAUUGAUGGAGGAGAAGAGAAUGGAUAUGGGGAACCAGUAGCAUCUCUGGGAGAGGGGGAGGGGGCAGCAAUAACUCAGUCAUCGGAUCCAGGUCUCAUUGUUAGAGCUUCUGGAACAGCUUGCUCCUGUUCCCCUCACUGUGUAGCCCAGGACCAGGGGCAGUGAGGAGUCUGCACUCUGUGGGAAGGGGAAACAUCCCCUCGGCCCCUCAAACACUACCCACUGAUGCCAGUGUGCAGAGUUGGCCUGUGGAAUGGCUCAUGUUUGUGCGUAUGCGUGUGUGUGUGUGUGUGUGUGUGUGUGUAUUUAUGGGCAUGGGUGCAUGCUUGGUGUGUAUUUGUACAUGUCUGUAUUGCUGUGUCCCUGUAAAUACAUGCUUGUGUGUGGAUGGGGGAGCCCAGGCCCAGGUGUCCUCUUCCUCAGGCCUGUGGCCACACCUCCUGCAGCUCCCCAAUAUGACUGAGGCAGAAAACCCUUGGGGAGCCUAGAAAGCAAAGCUAAAGGGGAUGCAGGGUCUGUCCGUCUGUCUGUCUUUCAGUCUGAGGAAUGACAAUUCUGACCUGAGGGCUGUGCAGCUGAGAGCCCACUACCUCCCCAGCCCCUCUCGACCCCAGCCACAGCAUCCCACCCAUCCCCUCCCCCUGCCCCAGCGGGCUUUCUCUUGUGUCUUAUUGAUGGGAGUUUUCUGAUGGGCCAGGAGAGGAGGGUAUCUCCUUGCCACAGCUCUGUCUGGGUGAAGUGCCCAGUGAGGGCAUGGUGUGGGGACCUGGCCUCAGAGCAGCUGUUGGUAGGCCAGUGUGAAGUGGGCUGAGGGGCUCCGACCUACUCUUGCUCCCAUCUAUGGACUGUCCCCCAUGGAACGCCUCCUUUGAAGUCACAGCAGCCUUCCUUUCUGUUUCCUCUUGGGGCGGAGGGGUAGCUCAAGAAGCCAGGGGAUCUCUGUGGCCCUGGGUCAAUCCAGGCAAGGCUGCACCCCAUGGACAGGGAAUCUCAGGGCUCCUGAUCAUGCCUGGGCCCUGGCCUGGGGCCUCCCUCCUUGGCAACUUCCUUACCCCAUGCCCCUGACACCCUCAGUUGCUGUGGGGAUGUCCCUCCAGGGCACCAGCUCAGGGCUAAGGGAAGGAAGAGCUGCCAGGCCCUACCUUCCUCACAGACCUGGUGGGGCAGGGCCUGUUCGCAGCAGUAGAAGUGAAGGCCUCACCAUUGGUGGCGAGGACAGCUGUCAGAGGGGUGGGGGGCCAGGGCAUGGGAUAGAAGAGUUUCACAUAUAUCACAGCAUACACUGGGAAUUUGGGGGGGGGGCAGAGGAACCCAGGGCCACUCCCUCAAUAUGAAAGGAAACCAAGCUGAAUGUGACCACUGGCACACUGCUGCCACAUCUCAUGUCUACAUAUCCCCCCGGGAAUAACCGGCCCCAAGACCGAGACCCAAGGAGGCCUGUCUGUGCCAAGCAUCCAGGAAGCAUGGCUGGCCCUGUCCACCCAUGGGUCAUGUCGGUUUCCAGGGGCAGCAUGGGAGAGCUUUGGAGGCAACAGGGAGAGUCCAGGUGGGGAGAAAAGACUUGCCCAAGCAGAUGGCAGGACCCUGGGAAAUGUAUAAUUUAAGGACAUCAAUAAUAGUAUUAUUUUUUUUGUAAGGGAAAAUCAAUAUGUACAUUCUGAAAUCAUUUUCUCUGUAAAUGGUUGGAUUUCAUUUCACCCUUAAAGGGAUGCUUAAAGGAGAAGAUAAUAUUAAUAAUAAAAACAGCUACAAAGUCUGAA